AUGGCCGUCCCGGACCACUGGGAAUCGCUUUCGCCCCCAGUCACACCUACUCCACCUUUAUUGUAUUCACCCCCCACCCAAGUUCCAUCCACUGCGACACCCGUCACACUCGUCGCACCCGCACCCGUCGCACCCGUCGCACCCGUCGCACCCGUCGCACCCGUCGCACCCGCCGCACCCGCCGCACCUGCCGCACCCAUCGCACCCACCUCAACCCCGGAUACUCACCUCCAAGCCGCUCUAUCUAACAUCAUAGAAGCGGCCAAAGAAAUUAUCACCAAAAUAAGCGAAGGCAGGAGCGUCACCAGCGCAAACAAAAAACGCAUCCAAGAGCUCGCGAGGGGCAUCAUGGGCUCGGUGGAGAAGGCGCAGCAGACGGAGCUCCCCAAGCCCGUCUCGGAUACUAUCCUUCUGGCAAUCAGGGAGAGUAUCCGGGACGAGUUCAAGGCCCAAGCGCCCGUCCUCGCGCCACCUCCGGCUCCAGCCCUGAGGUCCUUCGCGGCUGUUGCUUCAACACCCCCGCCACCCAAACGCACCCCCCCGCCGCCACCUCCCCCACCACCUAAGCGCACCCUCCCUUCGCUGGUCAUCAAGGCCAAAGAGACCGGGGCCCGACGGCCUGACGUCCUUGACGAGUGGCGUAAGAAUGUCAGGUUUAGGGACACCACUUUCGCCCCCACCAACGUGCGCCCUCUGCGCAAUAAUAUGGUGAAGGUUGACUUCGAAACCGUGGCGCAGCGGGAUGACGUCAUGGCGAAAGUAAACAAGCUCCCCGGGGUGGUUGCCGAGGAAAGCAAACUUCGGAAACCGCUUAUCAUCUUGAAGGGCAUUAACACCCAACUACGAAAGGAAGAGCUGGUGGAGGUGGUGAGCGGACAGAACCAAGUGAGCGCCGCAGACAUCCGCUUCUGCUUCGCACUGAAGAAUCGGAAUGAGAGGCUCUACAAUGCUGUUUUAGAAGUGGCGCCAGCUGUCCGUCGAAUGCUAGUCGAGGCGGGCCGGGCCAAUGUGGAGCACCAGCGCGUGCACGUCGAGGACUUCAGCCGAUUCGUGCAGUGCCGCAAAUGCCUCCAAUUCGGCCACACUGGCAAUAAGUGCUCGGCGGAAUUCUAUCCGUGCGCUCACUGUGGCUCCUCGGCCCCACCACAUCUCAAACUGCGCUCACAAAUCAGAUGCAUCACAACUAAACUGCUUUAA